ACAGAGGAACAGGUCAACUCCUCGGUGCGCCAAAAUCAAGUAGCAAACGUGUGUGGAUGUGGAAGGGUGUUCAACUCAGGACCAAGCGGCCCCUCAAAAGUGAAAGCUCAGAGCAGUGGCUCUCAAACUCGGCCACAUGCUCGAGCGUCCAGGGAGCUUUAAGGAAACCUUAAGCCUUCCCCACGCCAUUCCCCAAACCAGACAGAUGAAAAUCCCGGGGGCGGACCCAGGCUGUCCUUCCGAGUUUGAGGACCACGGAUGCGGAGCCUGCCUGCACACAGGUGAGCCCCAGCCCUAACCGGACACCCGCGUCACCAGGAAGCUUCUAACACCUGCUGUCCUCACCGGCAGUCAGAGACGUCUGUUUUCUUAAUGAAAACAGUUAAAGCUCCCGGACGAUUCUGUUAACUAGGGUUGGGCGUGACUAGGCCACGCUGAGCUCCUCCAGUUCAGCAACCACCCCAGGCCCCAAAUGUCCCCCCGUGAAGCUGACCCUGUACCCGGGAAGCACAGCGCCCGUGCUGGGGCAGCGGGACUUCUACACAGUCAGGGGAAAAGCUGUGUCUUCUUAUUUUAAAUGUAGCAAUUUUAACUUGUUUUAAUGUAUAAAUUCCUCUGUUUCUGCUUUGCUAGUUUUUUAUAGCUGAAUGGAAAGAGAAAGUAGGAAGAAUCUUACACAUCGGGUGAUAGUUUGGAUGUGUUUUGUCAUUAAGUGGGAAAUACCACCAGGGGAACCGCCCAGGACGGCUAUGGAUGUGGCCUGAUGCAAAGUCAUAAAUUUGCUAAAAACCUUUUUUUUUAUUGCUCAUCAGUUUUCACUAGUGUUUGUGUAUUUCACGUGUGGCCCAAGGCAACUCUCCUUCCAGUGUGGCCCAGAGACGCCGAAUGGCCGGACACCCUGUCACUGUGCGUCUCUUCGGCACCAUGUGAUACAGGAACAAAGUCUGAAAGAGUCUGGCUCUGAUAUGAAAAUGAGCUGUGUUCACGGAUAGGGUUCCCAACAAUUCUAGAACGGUUCUAGAACAGAACGGAAGGAAUCGUAAAGACACGGAAGCUGACCAAUUCUGUAACAAGUCUUCCCUGACCUCAUAAGUCUCACCCCGAAGUGCUUCUCGAUUCUCAUGGGAAACGCUGGUAAGAAAAGCAGCAGGGAGCUGGCCGCCGACGGGGCCAGGCCGCUGGACGAGGGGUCGCCCGGAGCGGCGCUGCACACCCAGCUCUACGAAGCCAUACUGAGAGAAGACUGCUCGGCCAUCCGGGCACUCCUACGCAGCCACCCCGUCGAUCGGCCCUUGACCGUUCUGGCCAGCUCCGCCAGCUCCGGAGCACCUCGGCCCCAGCUUUAAUUAAGUUAUCAGAUGCAGCCCACCGUCCCCAUCCAUCUGGCGGCGGAGCACCGCAAGGCACACAGUCUGCACUGUCUGUUGGAGCACGGCGCUGACCCGGAAGUGAGGGACGCCCGAGGCCUCACCACCCUCCACCUGAUGCUGCUGCACUGGCCGGUCGCCUCUACCGUGCGGACGGAGCCGGGGAACAGGAUCCACAGGCUCCUGGCGGACCUUCAGAAGGACGCCGUGGCAUGCCUCCGCAUCCUGUGUGAGCACGGCGCGCGCGUGAACGCUCAGGUGGACGACAGACACAAGUAUUCACCCCUCCACCUGGCCAUAAGGUAUGGGGCCCAUCCAGGUCUCGCCAUCUUAGCCCGAAACGGUGCCCAGGUCAACGUUACUGAUGAGUCCAGCAGGACGCCGCUUCACAUGGCCGCAGGUUUGCUGAACGAGGAGAUGGCGGAGACGCUCAUCGCCUGUGGAGCAGACGUCAACUGCGCGGUCCCUUCCACGGGGAACACGGCCCUGAAGCUGGCGGUGUGCACUGCGUGCAGCAAAGCGGGCCGCGUGCUGGACGCAGGGCUGAGCUGCAUCCGUCUGCUGCUGAGUCACGGGGCCGAAGUCAAUGCCCAGGACCGCAGCGGCCAAACAGCGAUCCAUGAGGCGUGCUUUGCAGGCAGCGAGGCGGUCAUCAGCCUCCUGCUGGAAUUCGGAGCCGACGUUAACAUCCUGACGGGAAACGGGGAGUCCCCCAUACACGUGUACCUCCAGCGCCGUUCCAACGUGAGAGACAAGGCGCUUCUCGCCAAGCUGCUUUACUGCUCUUACCCUCUGAGGCUGACCAAUAACCAAGGACUUCUCCCUGCGGGAAUCAUGCUCCCAGAAUUCCGCUCCUUAAGGGAAUCCCUAAUAGAGCUGUCUCGGAAACCCCUGUCCCUAGAGGACAUCUGUAGAAGAAACGUCAGAAACCUUUACGGUGAGAGGCAUAGACACCACGUGGAGUGCCUUCUCCCUGGGAAGAUGUGCAGGGCCGUGUACGCGGGCUACGACCUGGCCUGCCUCGCGAAGUAAGACCUCACAGUGUCCACGCCUCGGGCUCCAGUCCCUCCAACCCUGCCCUCUGGCGAGCCCCGGGCCCAGAGACACUUGACCCGCAGCCCUGUCCACCCCACGCGGACAAACUAUGGACUCUCGCAUCCCUUCAAACAAUAAAGACUCGCAUGUUAACUUUUUGUUCCUAACUAUUCUUUUAGAUGCGUUUUCCAUGAUUUAACUUUUGCCCCCACAGUAAGCAAGUUAAUUGAAGAUGGUCAGCCAAAGAAGUAAAUAUAUCUUC